AGUCCGACUGCCGAAAACAAAUCACUUUCAAAGAAUAAGAGGAAGGAAUUACUAAAAGAAUCUUUACACAAAGAAACAGUCUUAAACUCAUUUUCAGAAUUUUAUUCUCAGCAGUAUGGCAGAGAACGGUGGAAAUCCUUGUUUGAAGCAAUGUGUAAACCCACUAAAUGUGUUGCGAUGAUAAAUAACUUUGCAAGCCUUGAAAGCAUCGAGAGGUUUCUAAAUUCCGCAACACAAGCCUCACCCCAAAAUUUCAAAGAUCCCAAGAAAGAAGUGCAUCUCGAAAAAAUAGAGUUUAUCGACAUACUAUGUUAUUCUAGUUCGGAAAGAUUCCCCCCUCCGUUCAGGGACGAGAACGGAAUAAUGGCAUAUUAUCUCUUGGAUGCCGCAUCGGUUAUGGUCAUUAAAGCAUUGGACGUAAAAUCCACAGAUAACAUACUCGAUUUGUGUGCCGCGCCGGGUGGAAAGUCUCUGGCAAUUUUACAAUAUUUAUUGCUGAAUUCAAAGCUACGAACGCGCGCUGAGCAUAUUGAUCCAACAGGUGCAGAUGGCAUAGGUGAAGGCAGAGAUGAGUGCGCGUUUGGCACCGGUUACCUUACGUCGAACGAACUCUCGCCGAGUCGACGUCAUCGACUUAAACAGGUGAUCGCGAAUUAUGUCCCAUCAUCUUACCGGCAUAAGGUGAAGGUCAUUUCCGAAUUUAAAUCGUUCUCGAUGUCGACCUACGAUAAAAUUCUUGUGGAUGCGCCAUGUUCCUCGGAAAGACAUUUGCUGAAUGAUCCCACGGAAUUAUCCAAAUGGAAAGUGUCAAGAACAAAAAAUAAUGCCAGGAAACAAUAUAGAAUACUAUUGGAUAGCGUCAAAGGAUUACACAUCGGGGGUACCUUGGUUUAUGUUACAUGUUCGAUCAGUAAGCUUGAAAAUGACGAAGUUGUGAAGAAGAUAUUGGAAAAUAGUUGGGUACCUCUGGAGGAGGUCGGACACAAUUUUCAUUGGGAGAUCGGUGAGAGAACGGAGAAGGGGUGGAUUGUGUUGCCGGAUAGGUGUGAUGGUUGGGGACCUUUGUAUUUUUCCGCCUUGAAAAGGGUCGGUGAUGGUGAGUUUAGGAGGAAGGAGUUUAUGAGAUUUGAUAGGAAACGUGAAAAAGAGAAAAGCUCACGUGAAGAUAUGGAGGAGGGAUUCGAUGACGAUUAUU